GAGCCACCGCCCAGCCGCCGGCCGGCGCCGCUCGGAGCUGCGUCCCGGGGACGUGGGGCCGCAGGGAGGGGCUGCGCGUGCCAAAGGAACCGCCCUGCUUGGCCUGGAACCGUCUACCUUUGCACCUGCCCACUGAGCUGAAGCUUGGCCCCAGAGCAUCUGCAGAGGGAAGGGCUAGAAUGUACUAGAACAUGCUCUAAAGACCCCUGCAACCAGAGCCAGGAAGCCGUGAGCUCAGCCCAGAUCUGAAGAAACUGCAUCUGUCUACAGUGUACAACCCAGUGGUUUUUCGUGUAGUCACAGCCGCCCGGCCCCCCCUCCCCCGCCCGCCAUGGCCUCGGCCGACAAGAACGGCGAGAGCGUUUCCUCCGUGUCCAGCAGCCGCCUGCAGAGCCGGAAGCCGCCCAACCUGUCCAUCACCAUCCCACCACCCGAGGCGCUGGCCCCUGGCGAGCAGGCUAGCAUGCUGCCCCAGGGAGCCAAAGAGCCAGGCCAGGGCACGGGCGCCACCAAGUCCCAGCCUGUCCCCCCACAGAGGCCCAGGAACCCAGCCUACGUGAAGAGCGUCAGCCUCCAGGAGCCACGGGGAGGACGCCAGGAGGGCAGCUCGGAGAAGCGCCCUGACUUCCGCCGCCAGGCCUCCCUGUCCCAGAGCAUUCGAAAGGGCACAGCCCAGUGGUUCGGGGUCAGCGGCGACUGGGAGGUGAAGCGGCAGCACUGGCAGCGGAGAAGCCUGCACCACUGCAGCGUGCGCUACGGCCGCCUCAAGGCCUCGUGCCCGCGGGACCUGGAGCUCCCCAGCCAGGAGGCGCCGUCCUUCCAGGGCACCGAGUCCCCAAAACCCUGCAAGAUGCCCAAGAUCGUGGAUCCGCUGGCCCGAGGACGGGCGUUCCGCCACCCAGAUGAGGUGGACAGGCCCCACGCCCCACACCCGCCACUGACCCCCGGGGUCCUGUCCCUCACGUCCUUCACCAGUGUCCGCUCUGGCUACUCCCACCUGCCCCGCCGCAAGAGGAUGUCUGUGGCCCACAUGAGCUUUCAGGCGGCCGCCGCCCUCCUCAAGGGGCGCUCAGUGCUGGAUGCCACGGGACAGCGGUGCCGGGUGGUCAAACGCAGCUUUGCCUACCCCAGCUUCAUGGAGGAGGACGUGGUCGAUGGGGCAGACACAUUUGACUCCUCAUUUUUUAGUAAGGAAGAAAUGAGCUCCAUGCCCGAUGAUGUGUUUGAGUCUCCCCCACUCUCGGCCAGCUACUUCCGGGGGAUCCCACGCUCGGCCUCCCCCGUCUCCCCCGAUGGGAUACAGGUCCCUCUGAAGGACUAUGGCCGAGCCCCAGGGCCCGGGGCCAGGCGCAGCAAGCGCAUCGCCUCCAAGGUGAAGCACUUUGCCUUUGACCGCAAGAAGCGGCACUACGGCCUGGGCGUGGUGGGCAGCUGGCUGAACCGCAGCUACCGCCGCAGCAUCAGCAGCACCGUGCAGCGCCAGCUGGAGAGCUUCGACAGCCACCGGCCCUACUUCACCUACUGGCUGACCUUCGUCCACAUCAUCAUCACACUGCUGGUGAUCUGUACCUAUGGCAUCGCGCCCGUGGGCUUCGCCCAGCACGUCACCACCCAGCUGGUGCUCAGGAACAAAGGUGUGUAUGAGAGCGUGAAGUACAUCCAGCAGGAGAACUUCUGGAUCGGCCCCAGCUCGAUCGAUUUGAUCCACCUGGGAGCCAAGUUCUCACCCUGCAUCCGGAAGGACCGGCAGAUCGACCAGCUGGUGCUUCGGGAGCGAGACCUUGAGCGGCACUCGGGCUGCUGUGUCCAGAACGACCACUCGGGCUGCAUCCAGACCCAGCGGAAAGACUGCUCGGAGACUUUGGCCACUUUUGUCAAGUGGCAGGAUGACACGGGCCCCCCCAUGGACAAGUCUGAUCUGGGCCAGCGGCGAACGUCAGGGGCAGUGUGCCAUCAAGACCCCAGAACCUGUGAGGAGCCAGCCUCUAGCGGCGCCCACAUCUGGCCCGACGACAUCACCAAGUGGCCAAUCUGCACGGAGCAGGCCAAGAGCAACCGCACCGGCUUCCUGCACAUGGACUGCCACAUCAAGGGCCGCCCGUGCUGCAUCGGCACCAAGGGCAGCUGUGAGAUCACCACCCGGGAAUACUGUGAAUUCAUGCACGGCUAUUUCCAUGAGGAGGCAACACUCUGCUCCCAGGUGCACUGCUUGGACAAGGUGUGUGGGCUGCUGCCGUUCCUCAACCCCGAGGUCCCAGAUCAGUUCUACAGGCUCUGGCUGUCUCUGUUCCUCCAUGCGGGCGUGGUCCACUGCUUCGUGUCUGUGGUCUUCCAAAUGACCAUCCUGCGGGAUCUGGAGAAGCUGGCCGGCUGGCACCGCAUCGCCAUCAUCUUCAUCCUCAGCGGCAUCACCGGCAACCUCGCCAGCGCCCUCUUCCUCCCGUACCGGGCGGAGGUGGGCCCGGCCGGGUCGCAGUUCGGCCUCCUCGCCUGCCUCUUCGUGGAGCUCUUCCAGAGCUGGCAGCUGCUCGAGCGGCCCUGGAAGGCCUUCUUCAACCUGUCGGCCCUUGUCCUCUUCCUCUUCAUCUGCGGCCUCCUGCCCUGGAUCGACAACAUCGCCCACAUCUUCGGCUUCCUCAGCGGGGGGCUGCUGGCCUUCGCCUUCCUGCCCUACAUCACCUUUGGCACCAGCGACAAGUACCGCAAGAGGGCCCUCAUCCUGGUCUCGCUGCUGGUCUUCGCCGGCCUCUUUACCUCGCUGGUCAUCUGGCUCUACGUCUACCCCGUGCACUGGCCCUGGAUCGAGUACCUCACCUGCUUCCCCUUCACCAGCCGCUUCUGCGAGAAGUACGAGCUGGACCAGGUGCUGCACUGACCGCCUGCCCCCCGGGCGGGGCAUCGCUGCUGCCCACAGGGCGCUGGGGGCACCGGGGCCCCAGGCCGCAGCCCUGAGACCCGCUGCCAGGGGGCCCGGGCUCUCCCUCCACCAGGCCAGGCAGUCACAAGGGCGGGGUCCCCCGGGGCAGUGAUUCCUUUCCCAAGGUCCUCAGGCUUUGUCCGUCCCCCCACUCAGCCUCUGUUGGUGUCUCCUGGCCACACACGCACACAGACACAGACACCAUCACUGUGAGAGUGCCCUUACUCGGACGUGGGCAGGGUGCCCACCCCUGCCUCACCAUGCCAGCCUUCCUGCCUGUUUCUCCUCCCGUCUCUGCCCUAAGAGCCCAUGUCCCUUGUUCAUCGGUGGCCUGGUGAGCCUGCCCUUAAUGCUCCUGCAGCAGACUUGUGGGAAAGGCUUUGCCGUGGUCUGAGGCAGAGAGAGAGCACCGAGACCCGGUUAGGCGGGGAAGCUGGGAGCCUCUGCUUGUUCUGAGCACACAGAGGCUGUCCCCUCUGUCCCUCCUGGCCCUCCCUUCAAGUCAGUGUUCUGCCUCACGGGGCUGGCUCUGAGAAGGCCGGCCCUGCCCCACUCUGCCUCACUCCUGCCCAGGUUGGGGUGGGGGCUGGGCUACUCACUCCUGCCCAAGCUGGGGUGGGUUCCCAGGGGUUGCCCAAGGCUCAGUCAGACCCGUUUUUUACUGGUUUAUAUUAAGGUUCUAAUUUUUAAAAGUAACGCUAACUUUAUACAUGGA